CUUUUUGAACCAGUGGUUGGUCAGUGGACAUUGUUGUUUGUUUGUUUGUUUACAUACCUAGCAGUGUUUAAAAAUGUGCCCUAUUUUUGUUACAUAGACUAUAGUUCAUAGCAUUUCUUUCGUCUAUUUAAUUCAGAAAUGGAAUCAGAAGAUGUUUUUCACUAUGUUUACAGUUCUUCUUUAAAUGUCAGGGUACAAGUUAAAAUUGGAACUUUAGAAGGACUGAAAUUUGAUCCUAAAUAUGAUAAAAUUUUGAAAGAGUCUAUGUUAAAAUUUUCUGGUCUGUAUCAACAAAAUAAAUGUGCAGAUUUAAUGGUUAUGUGCCAGGUUUAUGCUAGUGGUAGACCUAUAUCUUUACCAGUUUGGACUUCUUACAAGAAUUUUACAAAUCGAUGGAACUGGAGUGAGUGGUUAACAUUACCCAUAAUGUAUUCUGACCUUCCACGUAAUGCAAUAUUGGCACUCACUAUUUAUGAUUGUAAUGGUCCUUCCAAAAUGAGACCAGUUGGAGGUACUUCCAUUACUUUGUUUGGAAAGCACAAUGUUUUUCGUCAAGGUAUGUUGGAUUUGAAAGUAUGGCCUGAUGUAGUUGCGGAUGGCUCUGAAAAUUCUACUACACCUGGAAAAACUCAUGGUACUUGUAACGAAAAUAUGCAGAGACUUGGAAAAUUAGCUAAGAAACAUAGAAAUGGUUUUAUGCCUGUCAUUGAUUGGUUAGAUAGGUUGACCUUCCGUGAAAUUGAGAAGAUUAAUGACAAAGAAAAGAGAAUGUCUGAGUAUUUAUACUUGAUGAUUGAAUUUCCUCAGGCAACUGUUGAUGGAACAGCCUAUUCUAUUGUUUGGUUUGAACAAGAUGGAGAUGAAGUUUUCCAAUUUCAUGCGCACCCUGAUAUUGUAACAGUUCAUGAUCCAGAAAUACUUCAAGAAAAUUUAGUUGAAAGUAAACAUCAUAAGUUAGCUCGAAGUUGGCGCAGUGGAUUAUCAGAUAAAGAUCUGAAGCCUAAUGCAACAGUUAGAGAUACUUUAAACAGGAUAGUAGGGUAUCCCCCUACACAACAACUUACUACUGAAGAACAAGAUCUACUUUGGAAAUUUAGGUUCUAUUUGAGCUCUCAAAAGAAGGCUUUAACUAAGUUCUUGAAAUGUGUAAAUUGGAGCCUUAGUGGUGAAGUCAAACAAGCAAUACAUAUGCUACAUGUGUGGUCACCAAUGGAAGUGGAAGAUGCUCUACAGUUGUUAAGUCCUUAUUUUACUCAUCCUUCAGUUCGAAGAUAUGCUGUAACCAGAUUGCAACAGGCUCCAGAUGAGGAUUUACUUCUUUAUCUUUUACAAUUAGUGCAAGCUCUGAAGUAUGAAAAUUUUGAAGAUAUUUCAGAAGCAUACAAAAAAUCAUCUCAAACAAAAAUUAUUGAAGAAAGCAUUUCUGGAUCAGUUGAUAUUAAAACUGAGAGUUCAGUUGAAGAUGGAAGAACAAUGGAUCUUGCUUCUUUUCUGAUUAAUAGAGCAUGUCAAAACAGUACUUUAGCCAAUUAUUUUUAUUGGUACUUGUUAACUGAAUGUGAAGACCAUGAUUUAGCUAAACAAGAUAAUAAACCUCGCAGUAUGUAUCUUAAAGUUAUGAAAAUGUUUUUACAAGCUCUUCAAUAUGGACCGCCAGAAUGGCAAAAUCGUCAGAAUUUUAUUAAACGUCAACAAAAUUUUGUUGAUAAAUUAGUUAAAUUGAUGAAAACUAUUGCCAGAGAAAGUGGAAAUAGAAAAAAGAAAAUGGAUAGACUUCAGGCUCUACUCGCAGACACAGAUACUUUCAAAAUAAACUUUUCCAAUUUUGAACCGUUACCUCUUCCCUUAGAUCCAAGUAUAUAUGUUAAAGGCAUCAUACCAGAAAAAGCUACACUUUUCAAGUCAGCGUUAAUGCCUGCAAGAUUAACAUUUGUAACCACAGCUGGUACAGAAUAUGUAGCUAUUUUCAAAAAUGGUGAUGAUUUGAGGCAGGAUCAGCUUAUUCUCCAAAUAAUAACUUUGAUGGAUAAGUUAUUGCGUAGUGAAAACCUGGAUCUGAAACUUACACCAUAUAGGGUUCUUGCUACAAGUACUAAGCAUGGUUUUCUUCAAUUUAUUGAUUCACUGCCAGUUGCUGAAGUUUUAGCUACUGAAGGAAGUAUACAAAACUUUUUCAGAAAACACCAUCCUUGUGAAACAGGGUCCUAUGGUAUUGCUUCAGACAUAAUGGACACUUAUGUCAAGAGUUGUGCUGGAUAUUGCGUAAUUACUUAUCUUUUAGGAGUAGGUGACAGACAUUUGGAUAAUUUACUUUUAACAACAACUGGAAAACUUUUUCAUAUUGACUUUGGAUAUAUCCUUGGUCGUGAUCCUAAGCCAUUGCCUCCUCCAAUGAAAUUAAGCAAAGAAAUGGUAGAAGCUAUGGGUGGAGUCAAUUCUGAGCAUUUUCAUGAAUUCAAAAAGCAAUGUUACACUGCAUUCCUACACCUUCGGCGUCAUGCAAAUUUGAUUUUGAAUUUGUUCGCAUUAAUGGUGGAUGCUAGUGUCCCUGAUAUCGCUUUAGAACCUGACAAAGCAGUUAAAAAAGUGCAAGACAAACUGAUGCUUGACCUCGGUGAUGAAGAAGCCGUGCAUUUUUUUCAGAAUCUCUUAGAAAUGUCGGCUACUGCUGUAAUGGCAGCUCUUGUUGAGCAACUCCAUAAAUUUGCACAGUAUUGGAGGAAGUAACAAAACUCUGCCUUAAAGCUCUAAUGUUUUUUACCUCAAAACGAAAAUUAAAAACUAACAGAUUUAAGUAGUUUUUAACACAGAUUAUUCUUAAUUUGGUUUCAUUAUCUAUUUUAAAAAUAAAAUCAACUUUUAAUAAUUAAUCAAUCAUUAAUAAUAAAUAACUCUAAUAUUUAUAUCCGGAAAAAAAGUUAACAAAAUUGUAUUCUAUAUUUAAAAUUACUAAGUUUUAGCCGUUUUCAAACACAUCCUACAUAUUAUGAACCUAGUCUAAAACAUAUUGAUAAUCUUAUAAGUGUUCGUUUGUUAUAUGUUUUGCUAAACAAAUUUUCUUAUUAGUUAUUUCUGUGUAAAAUGCCCAUUGUCGGUUUUGUAUUUUAUUCUUAUUUCUGUAUUAUUCAUAGAAUUAUGUUUGGAGUUUUCAUUUAAAACAAUCUAACAUCAUUUCUCACAAUUUUUUUUAACAGUCAGUGAAAUAUAAUUCUGUGUAUAUUACUCAAAUAAAAAUAAAAUAUCGCAUACAAUGAGCAUCUUACUCAUAAAUAACUUUAAUAAAAAAAAUGUAUUUAAUCAAAAAUAAACAGCUUACAAAUACUUUUUAAUAGAAGAGUGUGGAUAUAUUUUAGACUAGGGUAGUAAUAUGUAUGUGUUAGAAAAUGCCCACAGUAUAAAGGGCUGAAACUGUAUAUUAUUGUAUAUAUUGUAUAUUUUCUUUUGUUGUAUUUUUUUAAUAAAUAUAAUAUUUUUUUCAUAACAUAAUAUUUUUUUAUAUAAAUAUUCAUAAAUAUAUCCAAUGGAUUAAUGAAUAAUUAACUAUUAAAAGGUUUUUUAUCUCAAAUAAUGAGUGGCCUAAUGAAAGGUAAUCUCAGAGAUAAAAUCAUUUAAUUAAGCAGUUACAGCUAUAGGGAAAAUAUUUGUAAAUAUUUAAGCAAUGGAUGACUGACUGGAAGCUCUAAACAGCAUCUCAUUGCGUUUAUUAACCUUUGUAUAGAGAUGAAGAAUAUAAUGUAUCAAUAAUUAUUUAUGAUAUGUUACGUGUAAAUUGUAAAUAUUCAUGAUUAUAAUUAUAUUUUAUAUACAAAGUUACUGUACAUAUUAAAUUAAAAUUUUAUAAUAUGUUAAAUAAUUGUAACUAUUUGUUGAUAAACUUGCUGUUAUUAUUGGUAUUAAAACUUAAGACUGAAUUUGGUAAUUUUAGAAUUAUUCUCAUUAUUUGAAAUCAUUCCUUC